AUGGCGAACCCCAGCAAUGUGUUGGUCAUGGACCUGGGCACGGGUUUCGUGAAGGUGGGCCACUCGGGAACGAAUUUCCCAGCACACGUUUUUCCAUCUGUAGUCGGACGGCCAAUGCUGCGGGCUGAAGAGGCGACCACAGUGGCCGACGUGCCCUAUGAGAUUAAGGACAUUAACGUGGGCGACGAA